GAAAAUAAUAAGCAAUAGCUAAAUCGCUUUCAAGACAGGUGUGAACAUUUUGAUUUCUUGUGAAUGUUUACAUGUUAAUCAUCUCUUUAAUUAGUAUUAUAUCUCUAAUCAUCACCAGUAAUAUUAAUUAAGUUGAAGCCACGACUAAGAAUCAAAUGGGGAAUGCUUAGUUUUGAUGCCUUCUUAACGGCCUUAGAUGCUCAAACAGUCACUUUCUCUCAAAAUUUUAUAUUAUGUAGGCGACUAAGCAUCCUGAUUCAUUUAUAAAUAUUGUUCCCUUUAUCAGCAACCCAAAUUCAUAUAAUUAGGCAUUUGGUCAUUAUCACGGAGCUAAUCGUUAAUGGAAGUCCACUAAUACUAACUAUUUACCACGCCUCCCUGCCACGAUUUUCGAAUAAAAAACUUUAAAGCCGAACAUAUUUAACAUGUCCGACUCUAAUUAAACUCGUUAAAGAGUGAAAUGUACGCAGAUUUUAUCUCUAACUUGUCGUAGCUUCUUAUCUAAAUGACACAGUUUAUAUGAUAUAUCGAAUAACUUUGCUAGAUCAUACCUGGGACAAUUAUUGUUUCAUGGUUCAAAGCCGUGAGAGUCUAUGUCAGCAUUUUUCGACUUGUUUAAUGCUUUUAAAUGCUAAUCACUCAUCUGGUGCAAGAUUAUAAAAUGUUACUCAGCUCCUCUUGCUCUUAAGAAUUUGUUUGUUACGUUUGUUGAACUUAUUUUCUUUCUGUAACAAAUAUUGGUUAAGCAUUAUGGGAAGAAGUACAGAAGAAGAGAUAGUUCUUGAUGGAGAAUCCCAGGAUGUGAUAGAAGCUGACCUUGGAGAACAAUUACUUGCUUCGAUUCCGAAAUCACCAAACCAUAGCAGACCUACCAGCAUGGUUAUGAAGGCAAGUUAAGUUGCGAUAUCUGAAGUUAGUCGAUACUAAUUUUUCGCUGUUUUCUGAUAAAUAUUUGGUGUGUUUCCUGUAACAGAAAGCACACACUGUGUUUCCAGCUCACUUGAUAGCUGAAGCGAUUUCAACUCUGCACAACCUUGAUUUGAGAUGGUCUGGACCGAUCACACCUAAUGAAAUGCAAUAUGUACAACAAUAUAUAUUUGCCAAGUAUCCAGAGUAUUGCAAUGGUCUUGUAGACGAUCAUGGAGACAACAGGAUUGAUCUUUCUAGUCUUUGUAUCAACGACGAAUCAUCUGAUUCCACGUCUGAUGAUAAGCGAAUUACUCCCAGAGGCAGUGGGACUAAAGAGUCAACUUCCCCUUCUUUCACAAGUAAUUCAACUUCUGAUUUGGACAGAACUCAGCUGGAGCCUUCCAAGUUGCUUGAGAUUCUGAAGGAAAAGACGUCGUUUCUUGGUAAUUUCAUUUCAAUUCCGGAGAUACAGGUCAGAAACAGAGCUCUGCAGCAUUGUGGGUUGAUUGAAGAUGAUUAUUUAGUCCUUUUUGCGACUAGUUUUAGAGAAGCUAUGAUGAUGGUUGGUGAAUCAUACCCCUUCUAUCGAGGGAACUACUAUUUAACAAUUAUUGGUGAAGAAAACGAUUGCAUAAGAGAAUUCGUGACGUAUAAAGACUCCAAGGUAAUUGCUGCACCAGAAACAUGGCUGGAUUUGAGAAUUAAAGGAUCACAACUCAGUCAGUACUUCAGAAGAAAGAGUAAGAUUUGUCCAAAGGGCUUGUUCGCGUAUCCUGCUGAUGUGAAUGGAACGCGUUAUUCCAUGCAUUGGAUCUCGGAAGCUCACAGGAACUCUUGGCAUGUUUUACUUGAUGCAACUGGACUGGAUGUCGGGAAGGAACGUCUCAACUUAGCACUCCACAGGCCAGAUUUCGUGAUGUGCACAGUUGAUAAUACGCAUGCUCAGCCUUCUAAAAUUACCUGUCUUUUGGUCAGGAGGAGAUCAUUCGAUACAACAUCGCCUUCAUCUUAACUGAUAUAAGGCUGAGAAAUAAUCUUUCAAGUCAUCGUGAUUACGAGUAAGUAGAGCCUGGGAACUAAAUUCGAGUACCACAAUAAGAAUAAAACAGUCCGGCUUUGUUUGAAGUAUGCAGUGUUUCCUCUUUUGUUACUUCAGAAUGUAAGCUUGUGCUUAACAAAAUCUUAUCAUCCUUUUUUUUGUCUAAGAAUUGUGAUUAUUGUAAAGAUUGUUGAUUUAAUUAGACGCUGUUAUAAUUA